AACUUUAAAUGUUCUAUAAUGUGUCUGUUGUUUUCUUCUUCUCUUCUUUCUUUCAGUGAAUAUUUGUCAUAUGUUUGUUGUUUACAUCAGAAUAAAAACUCAACAACAACCAAGAAACAUUUUAAAAACAACAUACAGGCGGUGCAUCUGUGAAAUAACAAAGACACAGUUGGAAAUGAUCCAAGCAGCAGAGUCAUAUGAAAGAAAUAAAACAGGAGGUAAAUAAAUAAUAAUUAAUGAUAAUAAAUUGAAAAAUUAUCGUGAAAAACGUAACGGGGGUUUUACAGAAUAUUUACUACCAUGUUAUUCUUAUCACAUUAUCUUCAUACAUGUUCAUACAUGUGUACACUUUAACUUUGUUAUUAAAGAACUUUUAAAGAUUCAAAACAAAGUUGAAAACAAAAUUCAGAUAGAUAGAUAGAUAGAUAGAUAGAUAGAUAUUAUCCAUUAAAUAUUAAAUAUCUCUAAAAUCUCGGGGUUGAACUCUUUAUGAGUACUAAUUCCUCCUCCACAGCACCUGAACACACCAGUCUCCUGUGAUUGGUCACACUGCUCACUUCUCUUCUCUGAUUGGUCGACUUGCAUGUCAUUUAAAAUAUUUUCCCGCCUGUUAUCCGAGCAGGGCGGGGCUUGUGGUUGUGUCCGACUGACGUCAUUGGUGGACUGUCCAAACCAUGAUGGCGGCAGCAGCGGCGGCGGAGCGGGGCGGCGGUCCCGGUUCUUCUCCCGGUUCCUCCCGGCCUGCGGCGGCGGAUUACUCGGUGCUGGUGGUGGUGGGGGCGCUGCGGUCCGCCGGGCUGCUGGAGCGGCUGCUGCGGCAGAUUGACUCAGGUGUGCGCUGCUGGCCUGUAGAUCUGGAUGUGUCUGUUCUGGAUCAGCAGCUGAAACUCUUCGUGUCGAGACACUCGGCCUUCCUGUCAGAGGACGUCCCAGGUCAGAGGACGCUGCAGCACCGCGGAGACGUUCUGGACACUCAGGUUGUUGUGAAUCCGGCUCAUGACUUUGUCUGCUCAGAGGUGCGGCGGCUGGUCUGUGACUCUUCGCGACACAAACUUCUGGUUCUGGCUGGUCAGUGUGUGGAAGAGUCCGGAGACAUCGUGUUACAGAGAGGCUGCUUCUCUCUGAGCGACUUCAUCCACAUCUUCACUGACGAGGAGGUCGGAGAGUUGUUGAGCAAUGCAGACCCGGCGGUGAAGUCCAGUCUCACCCUCAGUUGUCCAGACUUUGGUCUCUGGAGACACUCUGCGUUGGACAAACACAACCUGCAGGACUACAUCAACAUCCAGAUCAACCCUCCCAUCGUCCUCCCAGAGAUGGAGGGUCUGCAGGAGUUCACAGAGUACCUGUCGGAGUCGUUGGAGCCCGAGUCGCCCUUCGAGCUCCUGGAGCCCCCAAGCACCGUGGGAUUCCUGAAACUCUCUCGGCCCUGCUGCUACAUCUUCCCUGGGGGGAGGGGGGACUCUGCCUUCUUUGCUGUUAAUGGUUUUAACGUCCUGGUGAAUGGCGGCUCCGAUCCCUGCUCCUGCUUCUGGAAACUGGUUCGACACCUGGACAGAAUUGACUCGGUGCUCCUGACUCACAUCGGUGUGGACAACCUGCCCGGACUGAACAGUCUGCUUCUGAGGAAAGUGGCAGAGCAGGAGGAGGAGUCUGCUGGAGCUCAGACUGAAGAGGACUGGAUGAAGAACCUCAUCUCGCCUGAGAUCGGGGUGGUCUUCCUCAAUGUUCCCGACAGACUGAAGUCCUUACAAGGAGAUCCCAGUGAGCUGCGAAGCUGCGACCAGGUGGCUCUCACCCUGCAGCAUUUACAGAGACUUUCAAUUAAACCUGAACCUCUCAGCCGCUCUAAUGGACCCAGUAUAGAACCAGUUAUCUUGUUUCAGAAGAUGGGAGUGGGUCGUCUGGAGCUGUACCCGCUGAAUCCAGUCAGCGGCAGCAAACACCUCGAAGCUUUAAUGCAGACUUGGCCAAACAACGGAUCAAACGUAAAAGGUCCAGAUCUUCCACUGCCAUGCCUUGUGUCCAUUUGUGCUUUGCUAGUCUGGCAUCCCUCCAGUCCUCUGGAGAAGAUCAUCCGGGUCCUUUUCCCAGGGUGCACGCCGCAGACCAAAAUUCUGGAUGGACUUGAAAAACUCAAACAUCUGGAUUUUCUCAAACAUCCGGUCGUGUGUUUAAAGGACCUCGAAACAUCCAAAACAGAGAAACAACCAAAACGAGCAGAGAGUCGGGAAAGCCUUAAGUCACAGUCCAAGGACUCCAGACCCAUUAGUGCCUUACAGAAAGACAAGUUUGGACGAGUAGACGUCAAGAGACAGGAGGUGAAAACAAAGCCAAAGGCAUCAGGUGACGCCGCUCCGAAAGAUAAGAAGGAAUGGGAUGAAAAGUCCAAACUGAAGGAUGCAGACGCUAAAUCAAAACCUGCUGAGAAACUUGUCCCAAAGAAAGACACGUCAAAAGAAGAGAAAAAGGAAGUGAAAAAGAAGGACGAGAAGGUCGCUGCUGCUGUUGUAAAGAAAGAAGAGAGUGGAGAGAAGAAGAAAGAAGCGGUAAAGAAGGAAACUCUAAGUGCAAAACCAAAGAAAGACAUCAAACCUGAAACAAAAAAAGACAGCAAGAAGGACGUCAAAGCAGAGGAGAAGAAAACUGCAAAACCAGCUGUUAAAGAAGUGAAGAAAACAACAAGUGCAGCUUCAACAGGAAGUACAGACAUAAAGAAAGGUCUGGGCAAAAGUGGGUCUCUGAAGAAAGAUGGGACUCUCCCAAAGAAAGACACUUUGAAUAAAGGGACAAAAGGUAAACCAGGUCCAAAGGAGCAGGAAAACCAGAAGGAGGCAGAUCGGUCCAAGGUGUCCACACCUGAGGACAUGACGGCUGAAUUUGAAAGACUUCGACUGGAAGACGACAACAGGAACAGAAAUCAGAACUCUGCGAUCAUUGCAGUCACAAGUCCUGAUGGAGAACAGGCCAACGGAAACCAGACCUGCAUGGUGGAGAGUCCAGAGAAGUUUCGCUGUGUGGAGACGGACCACGUCUCUAACUGUGCAGGACGCAAGCCUUUCCAUCCAUCCUCUGAGGAGGACAUUCAGGUUUUAGGUGAGGACAGAAGCCUUGGGGUGCGAGGGUCCAGUCUGGGCUUUGAGGAUUAUAACCAGGGAGGCUGUAGGACGUCCGACCUGAGCUCCUCGAGGGACGCUGUGGAGAACUCCUCCUCCUCCUCCUCUCAGGACAAACAGUCCAGUCUGUUGACGCUCAGUCCUUUCAAAGACAUCAUGCCAGACUCCUCCCCCACCAUCACCUCCCUGCCGGCUGAGGUCGGCUCUCCUCACUCCACAGAAGUCGAUGAAUCUCUAUCGGUUUCUUUAGAGCAAACACUUCCACCGGCUGCUGUGUCGCCCAGAGGACCUGCCGCGGACAGAGUCUACUCUAACGGACACGUUAGUGACUCGGACUCCCUACCUCUGAGGUCCAACCAUAAUAGCUGCUCAGAAGAGCACAUCCACGGGAUAUCAGAGCUUAUCUCAGAUGUUCCACAUGAUGUUGAUCUCUGCUUGGUGUCGCCCUGUGAGUUCCAGCACCCCAAGACUCCAGAGAACCAUCAGCAGCAUGUUAACCCUGGCUUCGCCGCCGCUGACUCACCAGACAUCUCCGACAACAACAACCACUCACAGGAUCAAAGCAGCAGCGGCUGUCCUUCAGCCUACAGCCAGGAAACUCCACCCACAUCAGUCAGCGACUCCCUCCUGACGGCCACGGACUCUGACGUCCCGCCCUGUACAGAGGACUGUCCCUCCAUCACAGCAGACAUGGAGUCUGAUGAUGAUUCCAGUGGCCUUUUCCCACCCACUCAUCCACAAGAUCACCCGAGUCCCCACUACUCCCACAGAGGAGGACACGACCCGCCGCCAGCCCCGGUCAAAGAUCUGCCCCCGUUACCACCCCAGCCUGGAGCCUGCAUGGCUGACACGGAGGGCAGCCGUAGUCUGAAGAGUUCAGCCGCUAAGACCAAGAAACCAACCGGUACGACGAUGAAGGCGACCUCUGGAAGUACCACAGCCCAGAACGGAAAGUCAAAGGUCGGUAGCUCCACAGGCUCCCUGAAGAUGACCUCCAGCAUCGACAUGAAGCCGUCAUCCCGAAAUUCACUGGGAGGCUCCAGAGUCGCACCUGCAAAACCUUCGUCCUCAGCUUCUAAAGCUGCAGGUUCUGAGGGUUCUGCGGUCUACGUGGACCUGGCCUACCUGCCGUCCGGCUGCGCCUCCUCCACCGUGGACCUGGAAUUGUUCAGACGUCUUCGCUCCUCGUAUUACAUCAUCAGUGGAGACAACCCUGUGAAGGAGGUGGCAAUGAGGAGCAUCCUGGACGCCCUGCUGGAGGGGAAGAGCAGCUGGCCGGAGGUUCAGGUGACUCUGAUCCCAACCUUUGAUUCGCUGGCGAUGCAUGAGUGGUACCAGGAGACCCAUGACAGGCAGAGGGACCUGUCAGUCACCGUGCUGGGCAGUAACAGCACCGUGGCCAUGCAGGAGGAGACCUUUCCCGCCUGCAAGGUCGAGUUCUGAGACCAGAGUCAUGCCCGCUGAAAGCCCCGCCCACCUCACCUCUGAUGUCUGCACAGGUGGAGACAGAGGAGACUUUAAUCGUUGCCAUGGUUACAUUCUGACCAGACCAAUGAGAGGAUGUGUUUGAUCAGGUUUCCUUAAAUAUCUGAAAGCCCCGCCCCCUUCAGUGAAGUCAUUUUAGUAAGCAUGCUCAUUUACUCCUCGCACAGCUCUUAGUCUGAAGGUUCAUGAGACAGGAAGUCAAGAUACUGGUCUCUCAAGUAAGAAACAGUUUCCUUUACAUUCCCUGCACUUGCAACACCUGUCACUUCCUGUCACCUCUGCUCACUUCCUGUCACCUCAGCUCACUUCCUGUCACUUCAUCUCUGCUGGAUCAGGACCGUCGGCUCACCUGCUAACAAACAUUAGCACAUUAGCAGGAGGCUGAAUUUUAACACCGAUGUUGUUUUAAUCAAUUUGCUUUUUAAGGAUUUAAUGACAUCAUUGUUUCUUUAAACUGGGCGCAUAUAUAAACUAAUAAAACAGCAAGAUAUCAUUAGAUCUGAGGUAAUGUCAGCUCAUGUCCAGUGAUUUUAAUUCAUGUUAGCUCAUGUUAGCUAGUGAUGGUGAAAUCGAAGCUUCAUGAAGCAGUGAACCAUUUUGACACACCUGCUUCAAGAAUGACACACUGCUUCGAAGCAUUUCAUACAGUCAGAAGAGUGACAUCUGCUGGCUGUGUGUCAGAACUGCAUCUAAGUGAAAGACCAUUGGGACUGCCUGUAGUGAUGGGCAGAUGAAGCUUCAUGAAGCAUUGAAGCUUUUCAUCAAAUUGGUUCACUCAAGGGCAAAGCUUCUUGAUGCUUCAUUUGCUGUACUAAGCCAUCUACUGGACAAAAAAGCUAUUACACUUAGUGGUUUGUGUAUAUAUAGAUCUGAACCACUUCCCGAACCAGUCACGUGGUACAGCCGGCCAGCGAGGCUUUGGACGUCACCAAUGACGUCACUCGUCUGAAACGACACAAGCCUCGAUACGCACAUUGCGGAAACACUUCCUGGAUUACUCGACACAUGCUUCGAAGCCUCGGCACUGCAAGUCACAUCACUAACUGCCUGUAACGAGGCCUCGCUCCCAGUAGUCACGUGAUUGUGGGCGUGCCGAAGCAGGGAUCGAAACACUGCCUCGGAACACUUGCGCUUCAAUAGAUGGACACUGUGUCGAGCAAACUGGCUCGAGCGUAACAUCACUAAUGUUAGCUCAUAUCAGCUUGUGUUAGGUAAUGUUAACUGAUGCUAGCUAAUGGUAGCUUGUUAGUUAAUGUUGACUCAUGUUAGCUAAUGUUAGCUAGUGUUAGGUAAUGAUAGGUAAUGAUAGCUCAUGUUAGCCAGGUAAUUUGAACUCAUGUUAGCUAAUGUUAGGCAAUGAUAGGUAAUGAUAGCUCAUGUUAGCCAGGUAAUUUGAACUCAUGUUAGCUAAUGUUAGGUAAUGAUAGGUAAUCUUAGCAUGUGUUAGCCAGGUAAUUUGAACUCAUGUUAGAUAAUGUUAGCUUGUGUUAACAUGAAAGGUUAUUUUAGCUCAUGUUAGGGAAUUUUAACUCAUGUUUGUUAAUGUUAGCUCAAGUUAGCUAAUGUUAGCUUGUUAAUUAGUUAAUGUUAACUCAUGUUAGCUAAUGUUAGCUUGUGUAAGGUAGCCAAUGUUAGGGAAUGUUAGCUGGUGUUAGGUAAUGUUCGCUAACCUUAGCUAAUGUUAGAUUGUGUUAGCUGGUGUUAGCUCAGGUUAGCUAAUUUUAUCUGGUGUUAGCUCCUGUUAGCAUUAGCUGUGCUGGUUGUCUUUGUUCAUUUCAAUGUGUCCCAUUUCUUUAGUGUUAAAGUCAAACAGACACUCGCUGUGUUUGUCACAUGACAAAGAUGACAGAGAUGAUGAUGUCAUUAAAAUGAGACAAGUUUUUAUUUAAUUAAUUCGUCCUCGUUACCUGCUAAUUUAAUCCUGUAACUUCAAGAUAAUUAUCGUAACUUUGAAAUCUUUAUCUCACAAUGACACAAUCUUUAUUACGUCAAAAGUACGAGAUUUUUAUUCUGUAUUUACAAAGUCCUUAUUUUAUUAUCAUGACAUCUUUGUCCCAAACAUACAUAAUCUGAACUAUGUCAGAAGUACGAGGUCUUUAUUCUGUAGCUAUGAAGUGCUGGGACGUGUUUUUCUCGUAAGUAACUCUUACUGUCGAAGUUCCACAGUCUUUAUUUCAUAAAGAAAAGAUCUCUAAAUCUGAAAUAUUUGAACUUGUGUGUUUCAGGUAUGUUUGAGAUCUUUAUCUCACGUUUCUGAAUCGUUGUCUCGUAGUUAUUCUGAAUGUUCCAGGUGAUGAGGUGAAUUUUAUCUCCACAGUUUUGGGACCUUAAUCUCGUUACUGUGAAAUGAUUUGAUGAUGAGCGUGUUCGGUGUUGAAUGUUCUGAUCCAAUGGAGUUUGUGACGUUCACAGCUGAAGGUGUUUGGGUGAUUUUUGGGACCACACUUUGCCUCCACACUGACCUCUGAUCAGUUUGAUGAAGUGAAGGUUGACACGUGGCUGCAGGUAGAAACAGCUUAAUACUACAUUACCCAUGAGCCUCGGCUGCUGUGUGCUCCACAGCUGCUGAGCUGAUGCAAAAUGUCUGAAUCGAUCCAAACAGUGAAUCAGCUCUCUGAUUGGAUGCCUUCUGCAGCAGUGGAUUUUGGGACCUGUAGUAUUUCAGAUGAUUUAAAGCAGCAACUCGAAUCUGUGAGGAGAAAUCAGUUUAUCAAUAUCACAAAGUUUUUUAACGCUUUUAAUGUUUUUUGUUUUAUAAUUUAGAAACGACUGAAACCAUGAAGACACAACUCGACCGUCCUUUAAAAAAACACAAAACAAUUCAAUCUUUAAUUUAUUUAUUUAUUUUAUUUUUCUCCUUUUUUAAAUUUCUGGUCCGAGUCUUUGAGAGAUCUUUGGUACGAGCUCCAGCCUGAUCAAUAAGUUUAUUGAUCCGUGAACCUGUGAAGGGCUAAACACACAAAUGUGAUCGUUGUUAAAGUUCAUGGAAUUUAAUUAGAGGUUUCAACUGAGAGUCAAAGGACCAGACAGCUGAUUUUAUUAUCAAUAUAUCUGCUUAUUGAUCUGUUCUUUCAAAAUGAAAUAAGAUUUCAAGCUUAAGGUCCAAAUAUUUCCACAGAAAAGUUGUAAUGUUAUUGAAAUCAGGUCAGACUUUUUGGAGAAUCUUUUUAAGCAAGAAACAGUAAACAGUUAAUUCACAGACCACUUCCUGUUUUCGUGAUUUUAUUUAUUCUGAUAUUUUGAAAUGAAAACUUCAUUCUCUGAAUAUUUUAACUUUUUGGAAAAUUAAUUUUCCUCAGAAUUUUUUACACAUGGAGCAUUUACAUUUCUCUGAAUCAAGAUUUUGUUUUUAUAAUAUUACAACUUUAUUAUUGAUCUUUAAUCAGACUGAAACAAGCCAGAAAUGUGUUCAACAUGUCUUUUAUUUUGAAAAGGUUUCACCCCCCCCAACACGCGCACACACACACACACACACACACACACACACACACACACACACUGGUCAUUUGUGUACUGAAACACUAAUUUUGAUGGUUCUUUCAAAAUAAAAGUAGUCCUUUAACGGAG